GCAUGCCUACCAACAGGAAAGUCUCUCCCAUCGGACGAUGGAUGAAGGAUAACUUGAUACUCAUUCUGACUACCGCAGGGGCAGUCUGCGGAUUCGCUGUGGGAUUUGGUAUCCGAGAGGGGAACCCGUCUCCAGACCUGUUGACAUGGAUAGGUUUACCGGGGGAGCUGUUCAUCAGGAUGUUAAAGUUGAUGAUAAUACCUCUAAUAGUCAGCAGCAUGAUUGCCGCCGCUGCUUCUCUGAACCCCAAGUCUAAUGGUCGGAUUAGUCUCGUGUCGAUUACGUUCAUCGUCGCCACUAAUAGCCUGUCCUCUGUCGUCGGCGUUAUCCUUGCUCUCAUCAUGAAACCAGGGCACGGAGUACAGUCAGGUGAUACAGACACCACAGACACAGCUACUAUAGAAACAUCAGAUAUAUUUGCAGAUUUACUCCGGAAUAUAAUGCCGGACAAUAUAGUGGACAUGGCUUUCCAACAAUCACUUACACAGAAUGACGUCACUUAUGAAACAUUCACAAGGAACACAACUAAUGGGACAGUCAACGAGACUGUGAGGAAAAUAACCAAAACUGUAGGGAAGACCCCAGGUACCAAUGUUCUCGGUAUGAUAGUGACAUGCAUGCUGUUGGGAUUAGCUAUCAACAAGGCAAAAGGAAAGGGCAAGCCAGUACUGAAAUUCUUUACAUCACUGACCGAUAUCAUUAUGAUAAUACUACAAUGGUUGUUAUGGUCCACUCCCCUGGGUGUCUUAAGCCUGAUCGCUGUUUCCACAGCUACCGUGAAGGACCUCGAUCAGAAUUUCCGAGCUCUGGGAAAGCUGGUCGGGCUUGUAGUUAUAGGAAUCAUCAUACACCAGUUUAUCAUAAUGCCGAUCAUAUUUUUUGUGACAACUCGACGGAAUCCUUAUAAGUUUGCGUUACAUAUCAUUAAAGCUUGGAUGAUCGUCUUUGCUACAACGAGUCCUGCCGUUGCUAUCCCCGAGAUCCUGUCUGCGUGUGAGAGUCACCAGAAAGUAGACAGGAGGGUCAGUAGGUUUGUCGUGCCGUUGUCUGUCACUAUCAGUGCCAACGGAAGCGCCCUGUUCAUCACAUCGGCGGCCAUAUUCUCAGGCAAUAUCACAGGAAUUAGUCUGAAUGUUGGUGAUAUUAUCAUUAUUAGUAUUUUGACCGCCAUCUGCGUCAUGGCGUUACCCAGCAUACCGAGUUCUGGAAUCGUUACCUUGGUGAUGAUAUUAACCUCCAUGAACAUCCCGCCGGAUUCUAUUUCUCUCCUGUUCGCGGUUGACUGGUUUUUAGACCGGGUACGAUCGUCAAGUAACCUCGUGAGCCAUGCACACUGUGCAGUUGUGACGUAUCAUUUCUGUAGGAACGCUCUGGAGCAGUCCGAUAUAAUACAGGACAUCGGCAAAGAUAAUGACAACACAGAGUUGGAAGUUUAGACAUUUUGUUAAUUAUCGUCAAAUCAGUAAAUAUAUCGCGGAAGAACGUCUUUUCUUCGACACAAAGGUUUAUACUAAGUUUUGAUAAUCACCUACUAGUGAUUUGAUAUGUUAUUUUGCGUGGUUCUAGAGUUCACCAUCAAAUACCUGGAUGUCAACUGGAAUAUCAAUAUAAGUUAAAUCAAGUUAAAUAUAAUUAUUUGAUAAGAACACAGAUAUUGAUACUACUGGUUCAUUAUAGCUGUAAAUAGGGUUUAAUGGCAUUUAUUUAUGGAUUAAACGAGUUAAUAACAAGUUCUAUUGAAUGUAAACACCAAAAACUGAAGUGCUCCCAGAAUAAGCCGUGGAGAGGUUUGUGUAUUAGAAUCACUUUAGUUUUCGGUUAAUACGUCGAUAAAUCAAUUCAUUCUCUCGUUCAAUCCUUGUGGUUUUAUUACAAAUCUGAAAAGAAAACAUUCAAUAACGAAAUAUGUUUUGAAUCACAACAGCAAGUGUACUUUUGGUAAAAUGAUUUUGACGUUUUCACAGGCCACGUUUUAAAAUCUCCUCGCUUCAAGGAAGCUCGUAUCUUAUGUAACCGCGAAAUGAAUACAGUUUCUAUAAAUUUGAUGUUUUACUUCAAUGCUUUGCUUACCUCUUUACUCUUGGUGUUGUUCAUCUGAGGUUCCCAUGGUAUUAAUGACGUCAUAUGCACUGUUUCUGUAACCCUAUUGGACAUCAUUGGAAACCCAAUUGGACAUCAUGGGUAACCCAAUUGGACAUCAUGGGUACCCAAUUGGACAUCAUGGGUAACCCAAUUGGACAUCAUUGGUAACCCAAUUGGACAUCAUGGGUAACCCAAUUGGACAUCAUGGGUAACCCAAUUGGACAUCAUGGGUAACCCAAUUGGACAUCAUGGGUAACCCUAAUGGACAUCAUGGGUAACCCAAUUGGACAUCAUUGGAAACCCAAUUGGACCUCAAUGGUAACCCAAUUGGACAUCAUUGGUAACCCAGUUGGAAAUCAUUGGUGACCAAGUUGGACAUCAUUGGUAACCAAGUUGGAAAUCAUUGUUAACCGGACGCUAUAAAUAUCUCAUUGUCUGGAUAAACAUGUAUAUGUAAAUAGUUUCGGUUUAUAUUCUUCUUGAGACUGCUUAUUGCGGUAGCUUUUUCCUGGUGCCAAGAGAAACGUUAGAUGAUUUCAUCGAAGAAAUUAACAGAGCAGGCCAUAAAGUAAAAUUGACCAUGUCAAUGUUCAACAGAAGACUUCCAGAAAUCUAUUUCUGUUCAGAUGACUAACCUGAGCAGACCAUCAAGUAAAAUUGACCAUGUCAAUGUUCAACAGAACACUUCCAGAAAUCUAUUUCUGUUCCGGUGUCAUCGCCCUGAUUUGAACAUGGUAUUAUUCUUGAUGAUGUGUGCCAUCGAGGAUGCAUACAACGCUUAACCUUCAAGAACACCUUUUAUCUUAGUACUUUUUCGACGGUCUCCUUGAACAUUUACAUUUUGUUCGCAUUUUGCUUUUGUAAAUAACCAGACAUCUUCAGUGUCCAUUAGAUUGGAUCACCCCUGACUCUACCUGGGCUAACUUUUUUCGUCUCCUUCGAUGUUGGGGUCUCGAGGGUCCUCUUAGUAGAAACAUCUAAGAACGCAUCCCCGGUUGUACAGUAAGAUAAUCAGACAUAUUCUCUCCAAUAUCCUGAACGUAUUUUCAGGUAAAUGGUACAGGAUGGUAUUUAUAUAGAUCGUGGCUGUCAGACUUCGGGAUAUAUAGUAUUAACAGUAACAGUGUGAUAGAAUGAAUGUUUUGAUAUAAAGCAAACUUGUCAUGCAGCUUCACGUGCCUCUACUGUUGUACAUAACGUACUGCUGAAAUAAACGAUUAACACAGCACCAAUACGAA